AUGGGGACGAAGAAGCAGCGCGGCUACUCAAUUAAAGAGAAGCUGGCGGUAGUCGACUUCAUUGAGAGGAUUGGGCUCACUGCCGCCGUUGAAAAGCUGGGCCACGGUGCAUGGGUGGUGGGAAUGAUUGCUUUUACUCAAGAGAACUACCCUGACUGGAUAGAGGCCUACGCGGAGAACAAGACGUCUGACGAGAGUGGGAGACGGGCCCUUGAACGUCUACUGCAGCGAACCGACGACCGUUACGGAUUCUCACCUCAAAAUGCCCAAGAAACCAAGCUCCCAAGUGUGGAUCUGAAGCGCUUAAAAACGGAUUUUGCAAUUGAAUUUUGGUGUAAGUACGGUUCAUACUCUCUACCGGAAAUCUACAACAUGGAUGAAACGGCCAUCCAGUUCGACAUUCCGCCAGCAAGAACCUGGACAAUUAAAGGGCGAAAAGGAUCAGCUAGAGUCCAAAAUCUGACAAAACACUGCGGACGCAUGACGGCUGUUAUGACAGCUCGCGCUGAUGUGGAGGGUAUGCGUGUGGUAGCCGAACAGGCAUGCGCUGCAGUGGUCCCAUUACCCGCUAAAGCUACAUCGUCCGUCGUCGUGACUACGCCGAGACCCACGCGUCCUGUGUCGUACAGUUUGAGCGUUUCCAGCGACCUCGGAGUGCUACUGCAGACAGACCCCAGUGUGCAAAUGUCCGGAGAUCAAUAG